UCCAGUCGAGGGUUGCACGCCGUGGUGUAGACGCGCGGACACGUAACGCGUCGUUCCAUAGUUGGAAGCGCACGCGUGUAGCGUUCAAACGUUCAAACGGCAACAACGGAGUCUGUAGUUUGUCACGCUUCGCUAUCCAAGGAUAAUUCUCGUUCGCUCUUUCUAUCCGUCUUGUCGCAGAGUCGGAGAAACGGAGAUAGAUAAUUGAGAGCAUUAUAGAGGUAGCUUAGAGCACUCAGUUCGAGGCAUAGCUCUUCCACGCGAUUAUCACGCGAAACCAACCGAAGAUCGGACUCGCCAUCUGCCGAUCGCGCGCUACCAGUGUCUCGUGAACAGUUAACAGUGGUUCCCGGAGAGUGGCGCUAGUGUUGCCUGUUAGUGGCGCGGAACUGUACGAUAUAUACAACAUAUACACACGUUCGAGGGAACGAAGGAUAGGUGUACGAGUUUAACGAAGAACACGCAUCGAAGCGGGAUCUCUCUGUGUACGAACGUAUACGCACACGAAUUGGGACGAGUACUUUCACAAAGGAAAAUACGGACGCAUCUCUGAAUCCAGUAAUAUUUCAGCUACGGAGUACUAGUGCUUCUCGUACCGGUUCUCUCUACAGUGUCUGUCCUUCUUCUACGUCCAUUCCCGAAAACGGUUUUCCCUCUGUCGGGUUACGAACCCGCAAGCACAUUGACUUUCCCGUUCGACUUUGACUCGUCGCACACGCCUAAGGUAUCUCCACCUUCGCUUCUUCACUACCACCAUCGCCCAUUCGACCACCACCCUUCUCUUCUUCCUCCUACUCUUCUUCGUCCGCCACCACCACUGUGACCACCACCACCGUCACUUCUCUCGUGGUACUCUUACCGGCGAUCGCCGAGGGAAUAUUCCUCACGGUUCGUCGACGGCCAGUCAGUGCGCGGCGACUCGUCGUUGUUACGACGGUUGGCGAGGAGGAGAGUGUUGUAUACGUGCCUUUUUCGUGGAAAAUUAUGCUCGUGGCGGAUCGUCGUGCUCCUCGUCGACGUAGUGGCUCGUGUACCGCGAACGAACGCUCAACACGAGCGUAGUUUAUCGGAUCUUUUUUUUUUAAUACAUCGAUCGAGCUUCGAAGAGCUGACGGAUAAUAACCGAAGUUAAGAUAAUUUAAAGAAGUCACCGAGAUUCCCACGGUUGGAGGCUGAGGGAUAAGAAAACCCCAGAGACGCAGAUACACUUUGAAGUAUCGUCUAAGGAAUAGACACAGUAAAAAGAGAGAGGCGUCGCUUGGAGGAUCAGCGAAACCAGUGUGUCUUUCAUAGAUCCUACGCGCAACAGUAUUUCCAUCCCGCGAAACCCUGUUGGACGAAGCUGUUUUACGACCACGUUCGGUGUCCCACGGAUAAUGGAAUAAAGUGUGUCACACAGUGUUCAGUGAUCGCGCGUGAUUUUCUGAUAAUCAUUUCUCACGGCAACCGGUGAUAACAUCCUUCCCAUCGGAUAUAUGGAAAUAAAUGUAUAAAUAUACGGCAGCAUCAUUUCUUCAUUCUUAGUGUUCUUGAAUACAGUGUGCUACGGACCAGCGGAGAGAAGUGACCGCGUCAAGUCAUCCCGCGAGUUAGCUUACGUUCGAUCAAUCGAUUUCGAUUUUCCCAAUCGUUCACGUUUUAUCCGUACCGGUUUCCCGCGCGAGAGAAAUACGGAACGCAUUCGUCCGGGCAAAGGUUCCGUUUUGUACGAUUAGACGAGGAUUAAUAACGUGUGUCGGUGGUCUCCGAUACGGUAGCCGGUAGGUACCACUCAGAGGUACGGUGGCUAUGCAGUCUCGCGAAACUACGGCGAGGAGGUAACGCCGACCAGCACGCCAGAGCACCACGGUCCACACACUUCCGCCGACAAAAGCACCCGGCGGCGUGUAAACAUCGAACGAAACAACGACCAAACAUGUGGACCACGAUGCUCGUGUGGACGGCCGCCGUCGUGCUUCUUCCAGCACCCCGAGCGGUAAACGCCUCUGGGGUGUUCGAGUUGAAGCUGAAAUCAUUCGUGAACGAGUACGGAAAGGACAGCCUGGGCAAGUGCUGUUCAGGCAGCACUUCGAAGACCGGCGAAUGCUCAGGCGUUUGUAAGACCAGGUUCAGGGUCUGCUUGAAACAAUAUCAAGUGAAGAUCGACACGACGACACCGUGCACGUAUGGCGACGUCGUCACACCCGUUCUCGGCGAGAACAUUGUUAACCUAGGCCCGCACGUAACCAUACCGAGUUUCACCAAUCCCAUCAGAUUUCCGUUCGACUUCACGUGGCCGGGCACAUUCUCGCUGAUAGUGGAGGCUUAUCACGACGCAGACAACACGACACACCACUCAGCCGAGAAAGUACUGAUACUGAGGCUGACCACACAAAAGUGGCUGGAUGUGGGGACGGAUUGGACUGUGGAUGAGUACAGCAGUGCGCACGCGAAGAUGGUUUACGAGUACAGGGUGACAUGCGUCGCGCACUAUUACGGAAAGGGUUGCGAGAACCUGUGCAGGCCAAGAGAUGACAACUUCGGUCAUUACAGUUGCAGCCCGACCGGGGAGCGUGUCUGCCUCUCUGGAUGGAAGGGCGACUACUGCAACACUGCCCGCUGCCUGCCCGGAUGCGACGAACUGCACGGACACUGCAAUCGACCCGACGAAUGCUUAUGCCACAAUGGGUGGAAGGGAGCGUUCUGUGACCAGUGCCUGCGAUACCCUGGCUGUCUUCACGGUAGCUGCCAGAAACCCUGGGAGUGUCUGUGCGACGAGGGCUGGGGCGGCCUCUUCUGUAACCAGGAUCUGAACUACUGCACGAAUCACAAACCCUGUCUGAACGGUGGCACCUGCUUCAACACCUUUAACGGGCAGGGCUUGUACACCUGCUCGUGCGCGCCCGGCUUCAACGGCACCAACUGCGAGAAGCCUCUCCUCGACUGCGACUCGAAUCCCUGCCUGAACGGCGGAUCCUGCUCGAUGGAACCAUCCUACGGGAACUCGAGCCAAUCUACCGCAGUCGCGUCGAAGGACUCUUCCGCAAGGCAAUCGCAUUACCGUUGCACCUGUCCACCAGGUUGGCGGGGCAGGCAUUGCGAGAUCACCUCGAGAUCCUGUCGAGAUUCACCCUGCCAUCACGGAGCCAUCUGCGAGGACGAUUCCCUCCACGGUUACGUGUGCCGCUGCCAGCCCGGGUUCACCGGGAACGACUGCGAGUCUCAGUUGGACCAAUGCUCGCCGAAUCCUUGCUCGAACGGCGGCACCUGCAAAGACCUCGGGAACAGCUUCCAGUGCACGUGCCCGGCUGGUUUCAGCGGCGAACGCUGCGAGACGAACAUCGACGACUGUCAGGGCGAUCCCUGUCUGAACGGCGGUACGUGCGUGGAUCUAGUCAAUCAGUUCCGUUGCCAGUGCGUGCCCGGGUACGUCGGCAGACUGUGCCAGGACAAGGUCGACUACUGUUUGACGAAACCGUGCGCGAACGGCGGCCGAUGCAUAUCCUGGACGAACGACUACCGUUGCGCGUGCAAGCCCGGGUUCACCGGGAAGGAUUGCAGCGUGGACGUGGACGAAUGCGUGAGCGCGCCGUGCAGAAACGGCGGCACGUGUCUGAAUCGGGUGAACGGGUUUCAGUGUCAAUGUUCGGAGGGUUGGCACGGUGAUACCUGUUCGGAGAAAGUCGGUACCAUUAUCUUACCGACUGCGAUAGCCGCCACGAAUUCGCCGACGAACGCGGUCGCUGUUCCCGCCGUGCCACCCUCGGGAGCAAGUUAUUGGUCGGGCAAUCUGUCCAGGCAUGUAGCUUCCGCGUCUGCGGAACCUAGAAACGCGGGACUGACCACCGAACACGUGGUGGUAAUAGCCACCCUGUCGACGGCCGUACCAGCGUUCGUUUUGGUCGCCGCUGUCGCCGUGAUGUGCAUGAAGAGGCGACAGAAGCGGGAACAAGCUAAGGCCGACGAAGAGGCCAGAUUGCAGAACGAGAGGAACGCUGUUCACAGUAGUAUGAGUAAACGCAGCGGUGGAUUGAUGAGCGGCGUCGGUGGCGGCGCAGGCUCGACCGGGAGCACCGGCGUCGGUAUCGGAAACGUGGGCUUGUUAGGUGGAGGUGGCAGCGGAAUGAUAAGCGGCAACGGCGGCAGCGUGUGCACCCUAGGCGCUGGAGACGCGCACAUGAUCAAGAAUACAUGGACGGCGAACAAGAGCGUGAACAACGCGGCGUCGGCAAGACAGGACGACCUCGACUCGUCGUUUCAAACGGACGUCACGCUGGACAGCUCCUGCUCGGGUUACAAGCCGGAACCGGUGCUGCAGGACGGUCGAACGCGGACUACGAAACAACUGAACACGGAGGCGGCAGCGCACAGGGCGUCGCACUUGUUCCAAAAGGAGAAGGACUGUUUGUCGGGCCUCGGGCUGGGCAUCGGGGUGAUCGAGACCUCGAAGAGGUCGUCUGUGUUCGCGGGCAACGCCGCGACGGACAGCUGUUGCGCAGAGGCGGCGUUGCUCAAGAGGCCGACCACCAUCGCGGAAGGUGGAAGCGGUCCACCGGGAAGUGGAGGUGGUACCGAGUCUUCCGGCUGCGGAGUGUACGUUAUAGACGAUCACUACAGGCACGACGCGUCGCUCGCGGCGACGCUCGCGACGGAAGUGUAGUUCCACUCGCCACACCCGCCGAAUGUUUGUUAAUUAUAAAAUAUAGUGUAGAAGAGAGCCGGCAGCCAGACUUCGCGCGACGGACUCUGUGUAACUAACGAAAACGAGCGGACAUUCUUUUUUCCUGUGUGACCGAAGUACAUGCUGUGCGCGUCUCCCCUCGUGUGCGACUCGCGCGUCUAAAGGUGGAUUCCCAUUUGUCGGGUGUUUAUUUUCAAUCGCGUACCGCGUGCGAUUUGUUCGUCGACUGAGACCCCACCUUCGGAAGAACUCUUGUUUCCCUCUGGAUAAUAUUCGUCGCGUACCAUAUUCCGCGUGCAACCACCGAGCUAUGUCCACCCACCAUGAGAGGAACAACACGCGUGCGUCUGUUCGCGCGCACGCACAGUCAUCAGGAGCGUGUGGCUGCUCUUCUCCGUUAUGGGCCAGCGCAGCGGUGAACGGGCGUGCGUUUUCUUCGCGAUUCCUUUGUUUCUCUCCCUACUCGGGACGAUGCACGUCGCUCGUGAGAACCGGACUCUACCACAACGAUGACGAUUGUCGUUGUCAUUGCCGCUAGCGAGAGGAGUUGAUCCUCCGUUCCUUCAGACGUCGGUGACGUGGAUCAGAGGAACGCGCGAGACAGAGAGAUACAGCUCGCUCCUGCGUAUGGUAUUGUACAGAAGAAAACAAUUUUUACCGAGGAACGACGACGAAGAAGAAGAUUAGAGGACGAAGAGGAAGAGAGAGACUCUGUCGGGAGUGUGGAGUCGUGCAGCAGGGGAGCGAAAACCGGGAAUAUUAUUAUAAAUAUUACACGAAAAUGCUGUGGAGGCGGACGACGACGACGGAUUGAUCGAAUCGUCGUUCGACCUGUUCUUAGGUAUGAAUAUUAUUAUGUAUUAUCAAUACCCGAUGCGGAAACUUUGUACAGAACUAAUUUAUUAUUAUUGUUAUUUACUAUUAUCACUAUUCGCUAUUAUUAUUAUUAUUAAUAUUAUUAUUCUAAUUAUUAUUAUUAUUAUUAAUAUUAUUCUCUAUCGUAUCGCAUUAUCAUUGUUCCGAUGAUUUCUCGAUCAUCUUCGGAUUCUUUUUUUUUUCUAUUCUUUUUUCAUUUGAAGAAAUUUCUACGUUUUCCAUUCGAAUCGUGUGACUAAAAAGAAACUCAUUCGUUUUGUCUCCCUCUUUUUUCUCCGUGACAUAAUCAGAGAUACUUACUUUCGCGUAUCGCCACCACGCUUGUACAUCGCGUAAACGUGUAAAUGUAAAUGUAUUUUCGCGUGCGGUCGCAGCUUGCAUGCAUCUCCCGGAAUACAUGUGCGUGUAUAAUUGUGUCGCGUGUGUCUUCGAUAAUAAUAUGUAACGUGUAUAUAUAAUAUAUAUGUAAAUGUACAUGUCGUAUGUGUGUGUACCGUUUGCCCGCGCGAGCAGCAGUCCUGUGAGGUGGAAGAGAGAGAGACAGAUAGUUAUGGCGAGAGCGAGAGAGCGCGGAAUAAAAACUGAGCAGAGAGAAAAGAGCGUUUGUAUGUACCGUGCGUAUAUAUAUACAUACAAUUACAAACGAGACAGUCUAACGACGAAUUAGGAUUCAAACGAUGUGUAGCUCCUUCCUCAGAUUUUUUCAUGUUUCUCUCUCGUUUGCUUCUUUUCGUUCGGAUUUCUGCGUUUGACCCGAUAUCGGUUCCUUUUUCCUUCAUCCUUCCAUUUCUUUUCCUUCCUUGUUUGGGGCGAUGUCACUCGGACCACCGAACGAGGCUUCCGAGGGGACAGCUUCCGGGUCGUUGCGAAGUAACUCUACGUAACAGAAAUGAGCUGACCAUCCUGCAAUCCGGGGCUUUCCUUCCCAAUGGCAAACCCGGUUUGCCGGCUGGUCGAGUGCUGACACGUAAAUGUCGACUCUCUUGACUCGCUAACCAUCUCUGUCAUCGUAUUAAGCAUCAUCGAAGGAACGAAAAUCGAAAGGUGCAUUUUCGAAUUUCGUUCUUCUAUCGAAGAGUUACCCGACCCGGAAGCCGUGAUGAUUCCACGAACGGAAACCCGACGGUUGCUUUGGCCGCGCCGCGGAUAUCGUCCCCAAUCAUGGGAAUGUGACUGAAGUCGAAAUUCUUGCACGACAACCAGGCGUAAAGAAAGAACAAACGAAUCUUCGAGCAUUGAUUUUGGUAAGAGCGAAAGGGAAAUCUCGUUUAUCAAAAUUUUCAUUGGAACGUAAUUCUUUUUAUUCUUCAAAUUGUAUUCUUGAGUGAAAUUAGUAGUUUGUAACAAUUAAAUAGAACUUUUUGAUGUUUUAUGGAAUAUUUUCUAAUGAUUUUUCUAUUAAGAUCUCCUCUGUUCCAAUUUAUUUAAAAUUAUCCCUUAUGUAAUUCGUAUGUUCUCCGACGGUGUGGCACAUCACAACUUGCAACAGUGAGACACUACUUGCGAUAUGUAUAAAUAGAGAUAAAUAAAGUGGAUAAAUAAAUGAAUAUAUAAAUAUAUAGAUAGAAGAGGAAAUAUAUAUAAAGUAUAUAUAUAAAAGUAUAUAUAUAUAUGUAAAUGAGAAAAACCGGCGUCGUCGUUAGCGGCGUUCAGACGACGGAACGGGGUAUUCCAUGUUUUCGUGAUCGAAGUCCGCGAGAAAUCAAUACGCGGUCAUUAAAUCAUAGUUUCCUCGAAUCAUUUUUUCAAAAUUAAUAAUACGCUCGUAAUUAAGCUUGUCGAUUGAACUUAAAAUUUUCGAUUUCGAACGCCUCGUUCUAUCUUGGAAAAAAUUUUUGGGAAGGAUUUCUCGCUUGCUUCGGCCGCGAACACGCGAACAAAUGACGAUUAUGUGUUGUUAUCGCACGGUUGAUGAAUAAUUAUUUAUUUAUAUGGAUGAUGAUGAUAAUGCUGAAACAAAAGCGAUAAAUAAUGAUGAGCGAUACUGCUGAAUCUAAUGAUAACAGAUGGAAUGAUUGACGCAUGCUACUUUUCUGUCCGAACUACGAUCAAUUAAAACGCCGGUGGUGAUAAAAAGGUAAAUACCGAUAGAGAGUGGUGAUCACGAUUUAAUAAUUGUAGAAACGUACGUACGAUGACGAUGUAACGAACAAAGAUUCGAUGAUGUUCCUGUUAAUAAAUAAUAAUGAUAAUUAAAUAAACGAGGCGACUCUACCACAGAAGGCACGCUAAGUCAGAGGUCGCAUUUAUUUUUAUUUUUUUCUUUUUUUCGCCAAAUCUUGGGUCCUGCGUGGGCGAGGAAUGGAUUGGAAAAAAAAAAUAUAUAGUAUAUAUAUAUACAAUUUGUAAAUCGGCGGGCGGAGCGGUCAAUUCGAAAAUUGCGUGAGAAGGAAGAAAAAAAGGAAGGAAAUGCGGUGUGUGCGCCGGCGCACAGCGUCGACUAUGACGACAACGACGUGGAUCCGUGGAUUGAUUGAGCGGCGAUUAAUCGAUCGUUCGUUCACCGUCUCUAAGCGGCGCCAGCACUCGUCGACCCGUAAUUAAACGAGAAGCACGUACGUAUAAAACGAUUAUAUUAUAUGGAAUACAAUGUGUAAUAAAGCUGUUGUCAUUUUUUGUACUUA